UGUGCUUCUGUUGUAAUAAGUUAUGAAGUUCAUUCAUUUGUUUGUCUGCCUUUAAAAGACCACCAUCAUGACACUGUACAUGCCACCAAUUGCCCGAAAGAAGAGGGUUUCAGGGCGUUAUAAUCCUGAUUCUUUCCGAGUUAUAAGUGGAGAUGCUGAGGAAUUGCAUCCGAAGUUUACAACUACAUCAUCAGAUACUACGUCUGACUUUAGAAGAGAAACACCAGCCGGCGGAUUGACGCUUCCAAACAUUUAUAACAGACAAACUGAUGUGUUGCCGCGGUCUGUUCCUGAUUACAGGGUAAAUAGACCACAUCCAGGCAGUUGUGGAUUUUUAAGACACAAUGUUAGAGUUUUAAAUGAACCUGUAUGUAGUGUAUACACAGCCUCAUCACAUGAUGAGCAGAAUCUAUGGUGGCCUUCUAGGACAUCAAAUGAACCUCUGGAUGUACCUCCUAUAACUAAGGACACUGUGUACAGAGGAGACUUCAUGCAGGAUGGUGACAGAGUACAAAGCAGUGGUUCAACGAGGCAUAGUGCAAAUGUUCACAGAGAACCAGCCCUGGGAACAGUACCUGUGAACUUUUUACCAGCCAGAGAUCAAAAUAAACGGUUUUUCAAAGAGAAGAUCUCAUAUGAGCAUCAAUAUAAUAGUCGCCUGGAUCCAAACUAUCCUAUCAGGGCUAAGCGUCAUGGCAGUUUCGUCUGGGAGCAGAUGUCAAAUGCUGAAUCACAGCAGAUGAUAGAUGAGCAGACUUCGCUGGACCUGGAGGAACAGAGGGCUCCGUCCCAUUCUCAUCCACGACCCAUCAGUAACACUACCACUUCUUCAGCAGCACCACCCCAACCAAUCCAACAGGAACCCACCCCACCCACUGAAGUUGUGCCUGAAAAGAAAACUGUAACAUUUCAGUCUCCGAUAGACAAAGAAAAUGAAAAAAAAUGAAAUAGGGGUUAUAAAUUAUGUUUAAAACAAAAAUAAAAACAAAA